CGUUUUAGGGAUUUCGUGUUUACGGUGUUAUGUCGUCAUGGCAACAAAGUUGCGAAAUUGGAUAUAACUUAACACAGAAAAGUUGUUUUGUCAUUAUUUGAGCUUGACUGCCUCUGGUCCCCAUCCACUUUCAUUGUACAAAAGAGAGCAUCUCAGAAAUUCUGCUUAAUUUCUCCUUUGGUGUUUCAUGGAAAAAGAAAGUCGUAUGGGUUUGGAGUGACAUGAGGGAUCAUUCUGUGUGCGCCUGUGGCUGGAGUCUCAUUUGGGUCACCGGUUCCACCCAGCUAGCUUGAACUCAGUGUGUUGAGUGACACUGCCAGGAUGACAAAAACCAGUGGGGAGAAGCCACGGUCCCGCAGCCGCAUGCAACAGUUUCGAGAGAGAAUUCACCUGCGUUCCCUUAAGGCAAAGAAGAAAGUGGAAGAUAUCACUAAAGAUGACGUGAAGUCCUUUUUGAAGAGAAAUGCUUUUGUGCUGUUCACCGUUGGAGCUGUGGUCAUUGGUAUCAUGCUGGGUUUUGCCUUGAGGCCAUACAAGAUGUCAUACAGAGAAGUGAAGUAUUUCUCCUUUCCCGGAGAACUAUUGAUGCGAAUGCUGCAGAUGUUAGUGCUCCCCCUACUGAUAUCCAGUUUGAUUACAGGCAUGGCAGCAUUGGACAGUCGAGCCUCUGGAAAGAUGGGAAUGCGUGCAGUCAUAUACUACAUGACCACUACUUUUAUCGCUGUGUUUAUUGGCAUCAUCAUGGUUCUCAUUAUCCACCCGGGCAAAGGCUCAAAGGAUGAAUUCGCCGAACAGCAAAAGAUCGAGCAGGUCAGCCCUGCGGAUGCCUUCCUGGACCUCAUCAGAAACAUGUUUCCACCUAAUCUGGUCCAAGCUUGCACACAACAGUUCAAGACUCAAUAUGGAAAGAGAAUCAUUCAUGUGAAGAUGAUAGUGAAUGAUUCUAUAUUUAACCUGACUAACGCCACCCAGGAGAUCGCCCAAGAGGAGGUAAUUCCUCUCUCUGGCAACACCAGUGGGGUUAAUGCCCUCGGGCUGGUGGUGUUUUCAAUGUGCUUCGGCUUGAUCGUUGGGAACAUGAAGGAACAGGGACAGGCUCUCAGAGACUUCUUUAACUCUCUCAAUGAGGCCAUCAUGAGACUUGUCGCUAUUAUUAUGUGGUACGCACCAAUUGGAAUACUCUUUCUGAUUGCUGGAAAAAUCGUGGAGAUGGACGACAUCACUGAGAUGGGCGGUCAGCUGGGCAUGUACACUGUCACAGUGAUAAUUGGCCUCAUGAUACAUGGGAUGAUCAUUCUUCCAACUUUGUACUUUGUCAUCACACGGCAGAACCCCUACAUGUUCAUAACGGGUUUACUGCAGGCUCUCAUCACAGCUUUUGGAACAUCUUCCAGCUCAGCCACUCUUCCAGUUACCUUCAGAUGUUUGGAAGAGAAUAACAAAGUUGACAAACGUGUGACUCGAUUUGUGCUUCCUGUUGGAGCUACGAUCAACAUGGAUGGAACAGCACUAUAUGAAGCCCUGGCAGCCAUCUUUAUCGCCCAGGUUAACAACAUGGACAUGAACUUCGGGCAGAUCAUAACCAUUAGCAUUACAGCCACUGCUGCAAGUAUUGGGGCGGCCGGAAUCCCCCAGGCUGGGCUGGUCACCAUGGUGAUUGUACUGACCUCUGUCGGACUGCCGACUGAUGACAUCACUCUCAUCAUUGCUGUUGAUUGGUUCCUGGAUCGACUGCGUACAACAACAAAUGUACUGGGAGAUUCAAUAGGAGCUGGAAUUAUUGAGUUCUUGUCCAAAGAUGAGCUUCAAAGCGGUGAUUUGGAGUUGGGAAGCUGUGUGCUAGAGGAGAAUGAAGUGAAGAAACCCUAUCAGAGGAUUUCUCAGGAGAAUGAAUAUGAGAAUGAGAAACCACGAGACAGUGAAACCAAGAUGUAGAGGAGGCAAGUUCAAUGCCCAACCAAGGAUUUUUUUGUGUGUGUGUGAAUGUGCAGUGGCCCCAAAAAUUAUCUAGAUACUAAAGCCAUACUUACAAAUGCAUGAAUAUCUGCAUUAUAGAACAAAAUUUCAGUGGUGGUGGUGGUGUAGUGGCUAAAGCACAGGGCUGGUAAUCAGAAGGUCACAGGUUCUAACCCCAUGGCCUCCACCAUUGUGCUAUGACAUCUGUGUGAACUUAAAGAGGUAGAGGUACUUCAAUCAAUCAUUUUAAAAUCUCUGAAUAUUUUCUCACCCUCAUGCCUUCCCAGAUGUGUAUGACUUUCUUCUGUUGAACACAAACAAAGAAUUUUAGAAGAAUAUUUCAGCUCUUGAAAUAUUGAAUAUUUCAUUUUACAAUGAAAGCAAAUGGUACCAACAUUUUUAAGCACCAAAAGUCAUAAAGGCUGCAUUGAAGUAAUCCAUAAGACUCCAGUGUUUAAAUCUAUACCUUCAGAAGGGAUAUAAGUUUGGGUGAGAAACAGAUCAAUAUUUAAACCCAUUUUUACUAUCACUCUACUAUCACUUUUACUUUCCAUUUCACAUGGUUUUUCUUUUGUUUUUGCCGAUUCGCAUUAGUCGUGUGUAUCACCACCUACUGGGCAGGGAGGAGAAUUUAUUGUAAAAACAGACUUAAAUAGUGAUCCGAUUCUCACCCACACCUAUCAAAUCACUUCAGAAGUUAUCAAUUUAACCACUGGAGUUUUAUAGAUUACGUUUAUGCUUCAUGUGCUUCAGAAUUGCAUUGUGAGGACCUACAGAGCUGAGAUAUUCUUCUAAAAAAUCUUUGUUUGUGUUCUGCAGAAGAAAGAAAGUCAUAGACAUCUGGGAUGGCAUGAGGGUGAGGAAAGUAUGAGAUCAUUUUCAUUUUUGGAUGAACUAUCCCUUUAAGGGGAAGUAACUUCAUACAUCCACCAAAAAUCCACUUGACCCCAGUUGGUUAAAAAAAGGAAAAUGGUUAAGAAAGGUGAAGUUAGUUCUAUGAUCAGGUCUAGCAUCAUUUGUUUGCAAAUGCCACUUGUUUUGAUAUUUCGUUGUUCCAUUAUUUCAUGCAAUGAAAAUUCAGACAUUGUUAAGUGUAACUUAAGUAUCUAAAAGUGUCCAAAUACUUUUUGGGGCCUCCGUGUUGGCUUUAUUUUUAUUUUAAUUUUUUUAGCCUUCUUUUGUCCUUUUAUGGUAAUUUUGUUCAUGUGCUUUGGAUGUCUCCGGGUCUGCCAAAUGAUAAUUGGAUUUGGCAGGAGAGUUUUGCCUUUAUAAAAAUAUAUAAUAACGCAUGUUCUUUUUUGCAUCGCUUUCAUUGUUUUAAUAAUUAGUUAAAAUCUGAAUUUAUGUACUGUCAAGCGGGCAUUGAAAUUAAUAAUAGACUCAACGUGUUACACAAGCUACAGUUACAAUAAUAAUAUCAAGAUUCAAACCUUAAAGGUUUGAAGAAGUUCAACAGGGUCAUGUAUGUAAAUUGGACUGAUUUUAAGCAAUGAUUUUAAGAGAUGAAUGUCAAUGCUUUUCUCACAGUAAAUUAUUCACCUGAUGAGCAAGCAUAAGUUCUGCGCUGGGUGUUUAAUAAGGGCAGGAUUCCAUGAUUCAAAACAUUUGGGCUCUGUAUUUUACAUAAUCAUCUAUAAAUAGAGUAUGUGAAGACUCUUUCAUAUUUAUUUUGUAUUUGAGCAGAUAUUUCAGCACAUUCAAUGACCCUCUUGUUGCCAUCUGCUGAAAUUACUAAUAAAUAGAAAUAAUACUUAGCUGCUACUGAUUAUUAAUUGUAGGUAAAGGGGCUGAGUGUUUGCGAUGACAUGCAAAAUUGAGUGAUUUUAAAAGCUGUAUAUCUUUUUAAAACAUAAAUGCUAUAGAUUAUUAUACUUACUCAACAGGAAACUGUGAUGUUUGUUUGCCUUUUUUUAAAUGCUUACAUUUGUUUUUGAGAAUGCUGAAUAUUUCCUAUCAAGAGUGUAAAGAACAAAAUUGGUGAUUAGAAAUUAUAUAGAAGAUAAAGAUUAUAAGGAUUGUGUGUAUGUUAAAUAUAGUUUUAAAUAAAAUGGA